CUGAGCGUACAGUAUCCGUGGGAACCCUGGAACUCUGGAACUCUUUUGGAUACUUCCUUUCUCCAUUCUCAAUGCCAAUCUUCCAGAAUGGAAUUCUGCCGGAGAAUGAGAAGGGUCCUGUCGGGAUAGCAGCUCCCUGAGCUCCCCAGACACACAAACGCACACACACACACACUCGGCAUCUGCCCCCCCAACCACCAGUGUGUGUGUGUGUGUGUGUGUGUCAGCCAACUGCAGCCAUGAGUAUGGUGGACAAGCGCAGCUUCUGUCUGCGCGUCACACACACCCACAAGCGUCUGACGGCGUCAUGCGACAGCGUAAUGGACGAGGCAGAUCGGGAGGUGAGCAGCCUGACGGACCGUGCGUUCCGCUCGCUGUGCGUCGGCGACGAGGCGGUGUAUAACGACGGGGAGCCGUCGCCGUGCCUCCUGAAGCCGCUCGCCGCCGACGAUCACCACGGCAACAAGAAGAACGAUCACCAGGGCAACAAGAAGAAGCAGCUUCCCGAAGUCCCGCCCAGGAGGAAGAAUGGAGCCAACGGCAUCACCACGUCGACAUGGCGACAGCAGGACGUCACCUCCAUCCUGUCCGCCUUCGCCACCGAGAAGAGCAGCGGGGAAUCAUGGGAUACGUCGGCGCUGCGCAGCAUCAGGAAGGAGUUAGCCGAGUUCAGCACGGACUUCCAGCAGGGCCUCGUGGACGACGGCGACGGCGGCUUCACACACGCCAAGAAGACCAGCAAGACGACCACGACCUCCCACGACAACAAGGCCUCCUCCUCCAAGCGGUCCGGAAAAGACGGCUCUUCCACAGGGAAGUCCUCUGGGAGGUCGAAGCAGCACGGCAAGUCGAGCGGCAGCAGCAGCAGCAAGCUGCGGAAGCUGAACUCCCGAAACUUCUUCCUGCACAGCGAGUUCAGCCCGUUCCAGGCCUGGAAGGACCUGAGCCAGUUCCCCUUCGGGCAGCAGAACAUCUCCGACCUGCUGCCUCCCGACACCUUCCCGCGCUGGUGCGAUGCCUCGCUCUACCAACACCUCUCCCAAGCACACACACACUCGCACUCGCACAAGCACACGCACUCGCACACGCUCAGCCCGGACACACACACGGACACUCUGAGCCCUGACACCACCAGCGCACAGACACCUGCCCUCGCGGCCGAAACGGAACCGUCCCAGAGGUCAGCGAGGUCGCAGAGGAGCAUCAAGGCGUCCUCCAAGACUGAGAAACCAGACAGCAAACAUUCACUUGACAAUGCCAAUACUCUGGGAAGCAGAGACUUGGAGACUGCACAGAGGACAGACAGUCUGAAAGACAAAGCUACAGAGAGCUCAGGGGCGGAGCAGAGGAGGGGGAGUGGUCAGGCAGAGCAGAGGAGGGGGAGUGGUCAGGCAGAGCAGAGGAGGGGGAGUGGCCAGGCAACAGAGAGACUGCAGCCUGCACACACCAUCUCCACCCCACCGCAGCCUGGACGCCCGUGCUCCUCGGACAACGCGGACUGUAACGCCCCCUGGAGGCGGAACCGCAGCAGGGCGACUAGCGCCGUCCCCGCCCCCACUCCUGUCGGCUCCGCCCCCGCUCCUGUAGGUCCCGCCCCCACUCCUGCCGGCCCCGCCCCCGCCCCCACUCCUGUCGGCUCCGCCCCCGCUCCUGUAGGUCCCGCCCCCACUCCUGCCGGCCCCGCCCCCACAUCUGCCAGCGUCCUAUUGGAGAAGGGCUCCCCGGCGGCGCCUGCAGCUGAUAGGCUGCCAACCAGCACGGGUGUUCCGGCACCGCCGCGCAGACAGGAAGUGAGGCGUAUGGAAGGCCAGAGCUCCACCCACUCCACGCCAUUCAACAUCACGCAGCUGCUGACGCCCGUCAUCUCACGACAGGAGACGGACAGUCUGGACCCGGUCAUACUGCCGUCCCUCUUCUCCCCCUCGACCCUUGACCUCUCCGUUACCCCGGCGACCCCUGGCGCGACCCCUGGCAUGGCCCUGGAGCCCAAGGCGUCCCCGGAGAGCAAGGCGCGCGAGAGCUACCGCUCCAUCGCCACCAGCCUGCUGUUCAACCUCAAGGACAACAGGAAGAGGGUGAAGGUCAUGUACAGCCCGCCACGCUUCCGGCCCGGCGCCGGCACGGCGUCCACACUGGCGUCGGCAUCGGGGAUGGGCACUCCAGUCGUCAUGCCACCGUCAGGGGCUGGCACGCCAGCGAUGGGCACGCCGGUUCUCUUCCCAGACGGAAGCCCACUCGUCGACGCCACAAGUGCUCUGCUGUUGCCAGGAAACAGCCCAGCAGACGCCCGUGGUUUACUGUUGUUGCCGGGUAACCAGAUGCAUGGUACCAGCCCUGCAGGAGCCAGUGGUCUGUUGUUGCCGGGUAACCAGUCGCAUGGUACCAGUCCAGCAGGAGCCAGCGCCGGCAGCAGCCCCUAUGCUCGAGGUGCCAUGUCGGGUGUCAGUGCCGGUGUGGAAGCUGGUCCUGGUGCUUCAGUGCAUCAGCUGCUGGUGCCAGAAGGGCUGCAUGCGGGCACCUCACCCCACAACAGGAGCCCUUUGGCGGGCAAGUCACCGGGCUACACUGGGCCCAACGCUCCUCUGGAGGGCAGGUCACCUGCGCACGCUGCCCUCAAAAAGAGGACCAGUGAAGGGCCAAGCGACGACCACCGCUCGCCCCGACUGCCAACCACCGCGGAGAACACCUUGGACACCCAGGAUAACAGGGUCAUCAUGGAGACACAGGACAACAGGGUCGUCGUCAAGGAGACCCAGCAGCCUGACAGGACGGCGACGAAGGAGGAAAAACAAAAGAAAGAACCGAAGAAGUCUGUGAGGGACAGGGUGAAGGAGCUGCAGGGACACUCAGAGCCACAAGGUGGCGCCAACAACAAGAACGCAGCCAAGAGGAACACAGACAAAGACAAAGACAAAGACACCACAGAAGCUGCAUGCACUACUGACCUCCCAACAGCAGAGGGCACUGUGGAUAAUAAAGAGGCAGCCAAAGAGGAAGGAGGUAAAGGGAAGGGGAAAGCUCCUCCUGAAGUGCCACCAAAACUGCUCACCGUCCAGAAACCUGACAAGCCCAAACCAGACAAGCAGCAGCCACCGCCUCCCCCCGUCCCUAAGAGGACCAGAUAUCCCCCCAAACCCCAAGAGGCGGCGUCUACGGCUCCCUCACAGGCCGCAGCCAGGGAGUCGGACCCCUGUGAAGACCCGCUGCUGUCCCCCCAGGACCCUCUGCUGUCCUCCAAGGACCCCCUGCUCUCCUACGAAGACCCGCUGCUGUCCUUCUCCGCGCGUCAGAACAGCUUCAUCAAGAGCCAGCGCGGCCUACAGGCCGAGGAUGAGGAGGAGUGGGAUGAGCAGCGUGAGGUGGCGUUGCUACGGGAGAUGAGGGCGGAGCUAGAGGCACGGCAGAGUCGGCAGCAGCAGCAGCAGGGCACCGGCGACACGGCAACGCACCAUGACGACCUCAGCGGAGCCACAGGCACCACGGCAAAGCUUCGUGACGACCGGACUGAGGAUGAGCACAGGAGGGGCAAGGCUGGAGUGCAGCAGCAGCAGCAGCAGCAGCAGCAGCAGCAACUUGUGGGAACUUCCCCUCCCCCUCCCCCUCCCCCACCCCCAACCCAGCAGGACACGGCAGCCGAGGCCGUCGAGAGCUCGGGGUCUAAAAAUAGCGCGGCUGUAUCCAGCCAGGAGCCGCAGGGGCAGCAGGAGCAGCAGGCGCAGCAGGGUGGUGAUUUAGUGCCGUCCCGAAAGGCCGGCUCGUCUCUCCGGGGCAACACGCUGGCCAAGAGGGACAUGUUUGCCACCAUGGAGCAGCCACGUCCAGCAGCCAGCACUCCCACACACUCUCACACACACGCUCACACACACGCUCACGCACACUCUCACACACACGCGGCCGGUGCACGGGGCGGCAGGCGGGGCCACACCGGGUUCACCAGGUACGACUUGGCCACCGCCGCGCUGGAGGAGGUGAUCGCGGAGCGGGAGGAGAGGAAGAGGAGGGGGACCCUGGCAGAGGAGGUGCAGGGAGGCCCGCCGGACACCAGAGGGAGCUCUCAGCAGCAGCAGCAGCAGCAGCAGGAUGACACCUCCUCCUCACAGGGGAGACGCGAUCCUCAGGGGAGACGCGACCUGCCACAGCCACCCACCUCACCUCUCAAACAGAGUGAGGAGACCAGUAGAGGGCGGAGGGGCAGCACUGAUAACAACACACGCUCUGACAGCACUGGACAGACUAAAGCACUCACUGACAAGAGGCAGCCAGAACAGCAGGGGGAGCCAGAGAGGGUGAAGGUGAAGAGGCAGGACAACGCAGAGCAGCAGAAGGACACAGGAGGUGAGAGGAAGGAGCAGAAGGAGAGGAGAGGAGGUGAGAGGAAGGAGCAGGGUGGAAAAGGGAACGCUCCACGAACCCCCCCUCCGGUGCCAACCAGGAAAAGCAAGCCAGCAGGGAGAGGGGAGGAGUUAGUUGAGAGAGGGGAGGGGUUCGUGGGGAGAGGGGAGGAGUUAGUUGAGAGAGGGGAGGGGUUCGUGGGGAGAGGGGAGGAGAGACCAGGAGGAGAGGGACUUGGGGCAGAGACUGAGAGGGAGGAGGAGGUGCAAGUAGACAGAAAGAGGGAGGAGGGAGGAGAUGCGACCAAUAAGAAGGAGGUGCAGAGAGGAGUUGAGGCCCUGAAGGAGGUGCAGAGAGGAGCUAGCCGGAGCCAGCAGCAGAAAGCAGCGCUCUCAGGAGGAGGUGAAGGCAGGAGGCAGGUCAGCAGGGAGGAUGAACUGGUGGCACUUAGGAAAGAGGACAAACACAGGAAGCGAGCUGAGGACACCGUGCAGGUGCGCCAGGACGAGGGUGCGUCCAAUCAGGUCACCCAAGAUGUAAACACAAAUACAAACACUAUAUUAGACUCUAAUCAGGUCACCCAAGAUGUAAACACAAACACACGCACCACCACCAAGACAGAGGCACAGAAAACUGACAAACAGCAGACGAUAAAUCCAGGCACUGACGUUCAAGCAGAAUCAACCGCAAAGCAGCCUAACCAAACAGAAGAAAGCUCUAAGCAUCCUGCCAAAUCAGAAUCAAGCUCAAAGCAGUCUCUCCAACCAGAGUCAAGCUCAAAGCAGUUUGUACAACCAAAGUCAAGCUCAAAGCGGUCUGUCCAAUCAGAGUCAAGCUCAACACAGUCAGACGCAACACACAAGCCCAAACCCAAUGCUGAAGCGUCUCCAAAGCAGCCAGAAAGUGAUAAGAGACCACAGGGUCAACUGGCAGGAGUGAGGCCAAGGAGCGAGGAGGAGGAGAAGAGGAGAAGGGAGGAGGAGAAGAGGAGAGGGCAGGAGGAGAAGAGGAGAGGGGAGGAGGAGAAGAGGAGAGGGGAGGAGCUGGGAGAGGGAGGUGAGGGUGAGGAGGUGAAGCUGUGGAGAGAAGUUGAGUCCUCGCGCCCCAAGAGUCCCCCAGUAAAGCCCAGUAAAGGCUACAUGAGGGACUUCCUCAGCAUACUGAGGCUGGCCACCGAGGACACUGAUGACCACACUGAUGACCACGACACCACCAGCACACAAUCCCCACAGUCCCCGGAGAGGGACACCAGAGGACUACCUUUCCCACAAUCCCUAGACCUCCCCAGUAGCCAGGCGGUGGACAUCCCAGCUGUUCAGAGCAUCCUGAACUCUCCAGCCUACACAGGAAGUCCUCAGCAGCUGCCGGUGUACAGCAUACAUUACCCACAAUCCACUGGCAUACAGUUCCCACAGUCCCCUCAGCAGUCCCCUGCCUACAGCCCACUCCAGUCUCCCGUCUACAGCCCUCUAAACUCCCCAGUGUACAGCCCUCUCCAGUCUCCCGUCUACAGCCCUCUGCAGUCCCCCAUCAGAUCGCCAUCCUCUCACAGCGAAGACUCUCAGCAGCAGCGAAGGAGGAGGAGCGACAGCGUAGACGACGGCAACUGGGUACGGAGCCUGAGAGAACACGCCAAGGCGCUCAGCCCCAUCACCAUGACGACCAGACACCUCAGCCCCGUCAGCCUGACCCCCAGCCAAUCACACAAAGAGUUGAGCCCCAUCAGCCUGAACCGUAGCCAAUCACACAAAGAGCUGAGUCCCAUCAGCCUGACCAGUCCCAUCAGCCAAUCACACAAAGAGUUGAGUCCCAUCAGCCUGAACCGUAGCCAAUCACACAAAGAGUUGAGCCCUCUCAGCCUGAACCGUAGCCAAUCACACAAAGAGUUGAGCCCUGUCAGCCUGACCAGUCCCAUCAGCCAAUCACAUAAUGAGUUCAUGACGAGUCCCGUCAGCCUGACCCCUAGCCAAUCAAAUGCCUCCUCCCCCAUCCCUGGCUCUGGCUCCGCCUCCGCCGGCCGGCCGGUCCUCUUCAAGGUGAAGGACAACACGUUUGGCUCCUCCCCCGUCACCAAGACCGUGCGACCCGCGCUGCAUCGCUCCGUCCAGGACCUGGCGGCCAAGCCAUGGUCACCCAACGAGGAGAGGCACCUGAACCACCCAGACAGGCACCUGAACCCCCCAGACAGGCACCUGAACCACCCAGACAGGCACCUGAACCCCCCAGACAGGCACCUGAACCACCCAGACAGGCGCCUGAACCCCCCAGACAGGCACCUGAACCCCCCAGACAGGCACCUGAAUCUCCCAGACAGGCACCUGAACCCCCCAGAGAGGCACCUGAACCACCCAGAGAGGCACCUGAACCACCCAGACAGGCACCUGAACCCCCCAGACAGGCACCUGAACCACCCAGACAGAUUGGGCCAUGAACCCUCGAGAGAGGCGCAGUCUAAACUCCCCAGAGAGGCGCAGGCCAAGGGGGCCAUUCCCGUGGUGGUGGAGACCGCCAGCUCUCCUGUGCUGGAAAGAUCCCCCCCCACUACUCUAAAGGGCUCUGUUGCCCCUGCACUGCCAUCCCCACGGCAACUGCCCCCAUCACCCCACCAAAUUCCCCCAUCACCCAAACAACUGCCCCUAUCCCCCCAACAACUGCCUCAGCUGCUAGAGGUGCCAGUGGUGGAGCGGCGAGGAUCCGUCUCCAGCAGCCUAUCGGAGGGCCCGGUGUCCAGUGCUGGCCUAUCGGAAGGCCCGGUGUCCAGUGCUGGCCAAUCGGCAGGCGGGGAUGAAAGGGAGGGUCUUAACGAGGAGUCCAGGGCACCCAGCGAACACUCGGGGUCCGUCUGCAGCGGCGUGGGAGCAGGAGGGGCAGGGGGCGGAGCCGGGGACUCGAGCAGGAAGCCGCCACCCGCCGUGAUGCCAAAGACGGAGAAGGGGAUGAAGAGAGCGAUGAAGCUCACCACACGCAGGAUACAGAAGGAGGAGAAGAAGAGCAGGGGGGAGCACAAACAGAGGAGCAAGGAGGAGGAGAAGGAGAAGAGCAGAGAGCGGCACAAGAGCAAAGAGGAGGAGGGGAAGAGCAGAGAGGGGGAGGUGAAGAGCAGAGAGGGCGAGGAGAGGCGGCGUCAUCGAACGCCAGACGACAAGCAAGAGCGACGCCGUCAUCGCACCCUGGAGGAAGAGACGAGCAAGGUUGACCGCCACCACCACCACCAGCACUCAGAUGACAAAUCAGGGGAAUCACAGAGGAAACACAGGGGAGACACCGGAGAGAGGAGCCGCAGCAGAGAACAGGAGCAGCCAGGCAAGAGCAGCCACAGCAGCAGCAGCAGUAGCAGACCUUCAGCAGAGUCCGACAGGAAGCACCACAGCAGCACAAAUGAACAUAAAUCACAACACACAAGAGAGAGGAAGGAAGAACAGGCACGAGAAAGACCUGAACAAACGCAAGAUAAAUCAGAACGCAGUGGUAACCAGAGCAACAGCCACAGUGGUAACCAUGGAGACAGGCCGGGGAGGGGCGGGGAGAAACACACUCGCCCCAAACACGAGAUGAAGAGCCUGAGCAGCGACCGUCACGCCGGCGGCCAUCUUAGAGACCAUCGCUACCAUGGCAACCAGGCCCUCGAGCAUCAACAUCAACAGCAGGGAGAUGGUGGCUCUAGCAACGGUAACCGCGGUGACCGCAGGAGUAAGAGUCUGGAGCGCGACCUGCUGCUGCCACACGAUCGCUAUGACGAAAAGACGCAAGCAGGAAGUGAUGUCACUGCUGCGGAAUCCGCCAGGGGCUCUUCAUCACGACACGCUGUUUUCAACGGUCGCGUGGGGAGACAAAACAGCUCGGAGCGUACGAACCCCAACGCAGACCGCAUGAGCCGCCAGAACAGCAUGGAACAAGUGUACCCCAACAAUGACCGCUUGAGGAGACAGAGUAGUUCAGAGCGUGUGUACCCCAACACAGAGCGCAUGAGAAGACAGGACAGUUUAGAGCGUGUGUACCCCAACGCAGACCGCUUGAGGCGACAGGACAGUUUAGAGCGUGUGUACCCCAACGCAGACCGCUUGAGGCGACAGGACAGUUCAGAACGUGUCUACCCCAACACAGACCGCUUGAGGCGACAAGACAGUUCAGAACGUGUCUACCCCAACACAGACCGCUUGAGGCGACAGGACAGUUCAGAACGUGUCUACCCCAACUCAGAGCGUCUCGGGCGUCAGAACAGUACUGACCGCUUUGCCUUCACCUCCUCCUCGUCCUCCUCCACACUGCUCGGCCGCCAGAACAGCUCUGAGCUUGUCUACCCCAACGCUGCGGAGCACGUGUACCCCAACCCCGACCCCUCCGCCUUCGCCCCCUCCACCUCCUCCCUGCUGUCCCCCCAGUCCUUCCCCCUGACCCAGCGGAAGCUCCUGCAGGACCCGGACUCGGGUCAGUACUUUGUGGUGGACAUGCCCGUGCAGGUCACCACCAGAACCUUCUACGACCCGGAGACGGGCAGCUACGUGCAGCUCCCGGUGCAGUCAGGAGAGGGCGCCAGCGGACCCCCCGUGGAGGCGGCUCCACCACAGGCCGCCAUGUUGAACCCCUCCCUGGUGGUGUACCAGAGCUUCGUGCCCAUGCCUCUGUCCUCGCUGCCCCAGCAUAAGGCCUCCCACGCGGGGACACGUCACCCCCACGCCCAGGCCCAGGGAGGAGCCCUGGAGCACAUGGAGGACCUGGAAGACAACACUGCCCCCCAGUGGCAGGAGCGUGGUAGGGGCGAUCACAGGGGCUACAUGGAGAGCAGCAGCAGCAGCAGGAGCGACCGCGGCUACUUGGAGCCCGUUUACGCGCCCAAAGACCACACCCCUGAGGAGGAGCUAGACAGCGUGCGGUGAAGGAGUUCAGCAACGAGACUAGACCAGAGAGAGUAGAGAGAGAGAGGUUCCAUUGGCCCAUUGUUUCCUGGUUCUAUUAUGGCCCCCCUUAGGCAGACCUAGGCAGACCUAAAGACUGUUCUAUUCAUUGUAGGAGCAUUAUGACAUGCCCCUUUAGGCAGACCGGAACCUGGUCGCGUUAGGUGCCCAUAGAAACCUAUUAUGUUGGCAUAUCUCUAUAUACUUAAAGAAUCUCUGGUUUGGUUGUUAUGAACUAACUAGCGCCUACAACUUUUGAGAGCUUGACUGUGUUCCAUCGCCUCAGCUGAGAGACUGCUUCAGUUUAAGUCUGAUGAGAAAACUGAAGAAGUAUUCCAUCUUCACGCUCACGAAGAAGUCCAGUUGCCAACAACUAAACUCCUUAGACGUCUUCAGUUCCAUCAUCAGAACUUAACUGGAGAAUUCUAAAACGUAGUCCAGUUGCACACAACACACUUGACUCUGAGGACGAGAUGAGAUGAUGAGAAUCUGCAGAGAUGAAAUACAGAGAGGGGACGGGAUGGGACAGGCCAAG